UUCGUACCGUCUCAGUUGUCGGUGAGGCCGGCGGGGCGGAUCCCACACUAGAGUGAAAGAGAAAAUAAAGCAACACAACAAUAAUAACAACUUGGCCGUUUCUUACAUUUCGCUAGCAAGCUCCCCUGUGGAUACAUACCAUCAAGAUGCCCUCAGCGAUGAAUGGAAAUCGGACAGUGCAGUCUGCCAGCCCAGAUGUGGGAUCCGCUCCAGGGUCAAUGGGCAAUUUUGCACUCGGUGGACAGUCUGAAGUUAUGAAGCAAGUGCUGUGUGUCCUCGACAAGAAGGUCCGCAACAUGGAGAAGAAAAAGAGUAAACUGGAUGACUAUCAAGUCAGGAAGGAUAAAGGGGAGCGUCUCAAUCAGGACCAGCUGGAGGCACUCACUAAAUUCCAGGAAAUCACAUAUAACUUGGAAUUUGGCCGAGAGUUGCAGAAGACGUUCAUAACCUUGGGACAAGAUAUCCAGAAGGUGGUGAAGAAGUCUGCACGGCGGGAGCAGCUGCAGCGUGAGGAGGCAGAGCAAAGGAGGCUGAAGACCAUUCUGGAGCUGCAGUUCCUUCUGGACCGGCUGGGAGAGGACAACGUGCGGCAGGACCUGAAGCAGGGAGUUGGCGGCUCGCCACAGCUGGCAGAUGCAGACCUUGCAUCUUUUGAUGAGUUCUACAAGCUAGUGGGGCCAGACCGUGACCAAAACGUCAGGUUGGUUGACCAGUAUGAAGAAGCAUCUGUGCACCUCUGGGACCUGCUGGAAGGGAAGGACAAGGCUGUGGUUGGGACAACAUAUAAGGCACUGAGAGAGACUUUGGACCAGCUUCUGCUGAGUGGGUACUUUGACCGGGUUCCAUCUCACCAAAACGGAGUGUGUGAGGAGGAGGAGGAGGAGGAGGACGAAGAGCCAGCCUCAGUGGUGGCCGCGGCGGCAGCUUCGACAGCAGCAGCAGCAGCAGCAGCAGCAGCCACUGCUAUAGUAGCUGAAUUGUCAGAAGCAGAAGAGCAGAGUCAGACUGCUGAUCCAGAAACUGAAAUAAUUGAGGAGUUCACAGAUUCCAUUGCGGUGGAAACAACAGAGUUUAUAAACAGACAGUUCAUUCCAGACGGCACUUACAGUGAGAAGGAGCAGGGGGAUGAGUGGACCACGGAAACAGAGGCAGUCAGUGCCAUGCAGCAGCAGCAGCAGCAGCAGCCGCCUAUGCAGCCCGCAGCUUCACCUGUUGCCCUGGAGACCCACCCCUUGAGCUUAGUGUCUCCCGUGCCGCCCACUGACCCCCUGGUCAGGAAGCAGGUGGUGCAGGACUUAAUGGCACAGAUGCAGGGAACGUACAACUUCAUGCAGGACUCUAUGCUGGAGUUUGACGGACAGCCCAUCGACCCUGCCAUUGUCUCAGCACAGCCCAUGAAACCUGCUCAGAACAUGGACUUACCACAGAUGGUGUGUCCUCCAGUUCACCCAGAAUCCCGGCUAUCGCAACCCAACACUGUUCCUGUCCAACCUGAGCCCACACAAGUUCCUAUCGUCUCCCCAACUCCGCCCCCAAUGUAUCAGACCUCACACACGCCAGAUCCUCGACCCUCAACAGAAACAAUCGACCCCAGCCAGACCUCCAUGUCCUUGUCGUCGGAACAGCCUCCACCCUCUACAGCUCACCCACCUGUCUCUCAAACGCAAGUUUUCCAGCCUGUUUCCAAAGCUCCACACAGCAGUGGCAUCAAUGUCAACGCCGCACCAUUCCAGUCAAUGCAGACAGUGUUCAACCUCAAUGCCCCGGUCCCACCAGCUAAUGAGACUGAGGCUUUGAACCAGGCCAGCCAAUACCAGAACAGCUACAACCAAGCCUUCAGCAGCCAGCCGCAGCAUCCUGUGGAGCAGACGGAGAUGCAGACAGAACAACUGCAAUCUGUAGUUGGUGCCUUCCAUUCCCAAGACCAGUCGGGAGGCCAUCAACAGCCUCCCCAGCAGGGCCCGGGCUUCGUCCGGCAGGGUCAGUCCUUCUACAACAGCAGAGGCAUGUCUCGCGGUGGACCUCGCAAUGCCAGGGGCAUGAUCAAUGGCUACAGAGGCUCAUCGAAUGGAUUCAGAGGUGGCUACGAUGGUUAUCGUCCUCCUUUCGCCAACACUCAAAACUCUGGUUAUGGACAGACUCAGUUCAACACACCUCGGGAUUACUCAAACGGGAACUAUCAGAGGGAUGGUUACCAACCAAACUAUAAGCGCGGAGCUGGUCAGGGACCCAGAGGAGUGUCGAGAGGCAGCACUCAGGCAAUACGAUCCUGAAAAGGCCUUUCAUAAUGACUGUGACUGACUAACUUGCACCACACUGAAAAUUCAAAAUUCAAGAAUGCAUUUGCCCAAGCUCACUCAUGUUCUCUCUUUUUUUUUGUUCUUCAUCAGUGGUAUUUUUCCUGUCCCUUAAAUCAAAGUAAUGCCUGCUUUGAUAUUUGGAAAUAUUAAAUCAUUUAAAGUCUGAAACACAAGCUGAGUUGUAAAUCCAAUCAUCGAUUUACACAAGCCACGUGUUAACAAUAUUCCUGUAAACUUGAAAGAUUUCAUAAGUUAUUUUUUGUAUAAAAAAAAUGCACCUGCCACUGCUGGUCCAACCCUUGGGAGUUUAUUCCCCUUCUCGGUUCUUUUCUGUCAUUUUGGAUCUAAAAAAAAAAAAGCCUUUUAUGUUCAAUAAGCUCCCGUUUCCUUGUUUGUAAAUUGAUGUUGCUUCAAGAGUUUCAAUAAAGUUGUGUUGCAUACCCAUGCUUCAGUCUGUUUUCUGCUGUAAAGUAAAACCAUGAGUCUGAAAAUAUGUCAACUACUAAAUGAUGAUUUUCUGUUCUAAGGAUAACUUUGUAAUCUGGGUUGAUUUUGUUGCUGUCUUUUUUUUAUUUUUAAUGUUUUUAUAUUACUUUUCAGCAGCAUGUGAUGCAGCAACAUUUUGCUCAAAUCACUUUGGAAUUGAGGCUUUAUCUGUAUAAACAGGACAAUAAGCAGUUGUAUUUGUUUAAAGUGUAAUAUGGCCUUUAAGGUGAAUGUUAUUCCUUGUGUUAACACAUUUCAG